UGGCUGGAGGAGAGGAGCAGCAGCGGAGAGGAGGCGCCAGGGCCGCGGUUGCUAAGCCCGAACGGCGCCGGUGGCGGAGGAUGGCGACGGGAGACUCGGAGCGGAUUCGCUACUGCGCGCGCUUCUCGUACUUGUGCCUCAAGUUCAGCCUCAUCACCUACUCCACCGUGUUUUGGUUGCUAGGAGGAUUUGUCCUAGCUGUUGGUAUUUAUGCAGAAGUUGAAAGACAGAAAUACAAGACCCUUGAAAGUGCCUUUUUAGCUCCAGCAAUUAUUCUAAUACUCCUGGGCAUUAUAAUGUUUCUUGUUUCAUUUGUGGGUGUAUUGGCUUCUUUAAGGGACAACUUAUGCCUUCUUCAAGCUUUCAUGUACAUCUUGGGCAUUUGUCUGCUGAUUGAAUUAAUUGGUGGAGUUAUAGCCCUGCUCUUCAGAAAUCAGACAAUUGACUUUUUAAAUGAAAACAUUGGAAAAGGAAUUGAGAAUUACUAUGAUGACUUGGACUUCAAAAACAUAAUGGAUUAUGUUCAAAAGCAGUUUAAAUGCUGUGGUGGAAAAGAGUACACAGAUUGGGCCCAGAAUCAGUACCAUGACUGCGCCGCGCCAGGACCAUUAGCCUGUGGAGUCCCUUAUACCUGUUGUGUCACAAAUAAGACAGCAGUUGUCAAUACCAUGUGUGGAUAUAAAACUAUCAAUGAAGAGCGACUCAGUGUUCAACACAUUAUAUAUGUUAGAGGAUGCACCAAUGCAGUACUCAUUUGGUUCAUGGACAACUAUGCCAUCAUGGCUGGUAUUCUGCUUGGCGUAUUGUUUCCACAGUUCCUUGGAGUGCUGCUUACUUUGCUUUACAUCACCAGGGUAGAGGAUAUAAUUACUGAGCACAAGCUUAACGAGUCGCUACUUGAUGGAGGGCAACAGAAGACUGAUGUUGAGUUAACUGGAACAGGGUGCUGUAUGUGUUUCCCUGGGUAAUGCUGAGCAUCCCUCUGAGCAAGACAGAGAGAUGACUAACAACCCCUUUGUUAUUGUGCCUUGAAUGCAGUCAGACUGUUAAACAUAUUGUGAAUUGCGUAAAGAACAGUACUUAGGAAUGAGGCUUCCAUAAUUUAUUAAUAUUCAGUAUUUCAUCUCUGGAGUGUAUUUUAGAGCAUCAGGGGAGCUUAUGUGGAAAGUAUGACAGAUUCCUUUUUAUUGUAAAAAGUAAAACUAAUCAAGGAGACGAAUCUACAACCAGUAAUGAUUGUAGUAAAACUUACCUAUGCACAAGGGCUGUCUAACUUACCUAUGUAACGGUACUGCUAACAUGGUGAAAUCACCUUUAUUUCUGGCCAUUUUCAGAGCAUGGUAAUUUACCAUCUUCAUUCACAGGACUGUCACAUUAGAAUGCAUUGUGAUCAUUCAAACUGGGCCCAGCUCUUCACCAUUUGUUAUCAAAGAAUACUGACUGCUGUGCUUUAUUGCUGGUUGGAUUCUGAUUUGUUUUCCCCAAGCCAGUUUAUAUCUGUCCCGCAUGUUUGUUUGUUUUUAAUGAUUGCCAAGGCUAUAUCAUUAGACACAUUUUUUCAAAGCCGUUGUGGGGUGUUUUCCACAUAGGGGGAAACUUGCUCCUGCAGCGGCCAGCAUAGCACAGUGAUAACAGGGGGCUUCUGCGUGGCAGACCUACUUCCCUGUGGAUUCACUGCCUCCUUCCCCCUAGGCAGCAGCCACUUCCCCACCUGUGACAAGGGGCGUUUUCAGGGUGUUUUUUUUUAAAUCAGCAAUUGUAUAUCAUUAUGUUGUUAUUAAAACUUUUUUUAUGAUGUAUGUUUCAGGUUCUCUAAAUUCUCAGCUUUUUUUUUUUUACAGUAAGCCUCUAGCUCCUAUAGUUGCAAGGAUAUACUUUUCCCUUUAUACCUCUGCAACGAAAGAGACUAGAGACUUGACUUUUUAGGAAAAAAUCUAAGGUGGGAAUUCAGAAAAUCUGAUACACAGAUUGCUAUACUGAUAUUCAGUUGUUGAUUAAAAAAACCCCAGCUAAGUGGACAUCUUUAUGGAAAAUGGAUGCCGUUUGAGUAGGACCAGGGAAAUCUGACUUUUCCCACUUGCAUGGCAGCCAUCCAGGCCUUGUUGCAAUCUUUCUCUAAACUUUGCAGCAAAAAAAGUUUGGGAAAAAUUGGAGAAAAGCUGGGGAAAGUUUGUGAAGUGUGCAGAUGCAUCAGAAUGCUUUGUGAAAAAAUGCUUCCCAGAAGCAUCGAACCCUGGGGCAAUUAACCCAUGUAAAAAAGGUCUAGUAAGAAUUAUUUUGCAGAAAUGUUCAAACGUAAACAUGGUUGAAUUUUGUGUACUGUAUAAUACUGUAACAUUUUUGAAACUGUGCCUUCCUAUGGAUUCUAAAACAGUGAAGCAUCUUUAUAUAUUUUAAGGGGAGUGAUUUCCUAUAUCUGUGCAAUCUUGUUUUAUGCUGCUUCUAAUGGUUUACUGAAAACAAUUUUGGAGGCCUUGAUCUGGAGGCCUUGUGCCUUUCUAAUGCAAGCUACUCUCUGACUCAAAAACAGCUAAUGAAUUCUUGCUUUU